AUGCGGCGUGAAAGAUUGUCGCUAGGGCAACGUUGUAGGCCUGCGCAAGACUUGGUUAUCGGCGCAUUAGUGAAGCCUGCCUUGCGUAGCACCAAGAGAGAAGCCACCUCUUGCAAAUGCGUCACAGAUGCUUAUAGAGGCAACACAAGAAACGCGGUGUGGAAAGGGAAGCUCGUCUUGUGUCAUGACGCUGUGUCCCCAACUUCAGAAUCCAGCAUGGCUGAAUCUGAGAAAACGCCUCAAGGUCCUGAGUCUGAAAAGCGCCAGCUUGGCAUCGAAGCCGAACAACAACAGCAAGCCUAUCAGAACCGCACGCCGGACUUGGAAACAACAGAAUGGAUGGCAGCGCAGCUGGCAGAAAUCGAAGUGAUUUCGGCGGGCGGCAAAUUACAUGAAGCCUUGCAGCUGCUGGACGCGGGCUUAGCCAAGCUCCAAGGGCGCCACGACGUCCGUCUUUGGGAGUCCAUGCUUCUCACGUUGCCCUGCCACAUCUCGCGCGCCGCAGGGCCAGACCUCUUGCUAUCGAAACAUUGCGAUAAUAUGACUGGGCUGCAACGGCUCAAGUGUUUCUGCAAGUGA